UCAGCCAGCCCGGAAGUGUUGCCAUGGCGGCGCUGAGCGGCCUGGUGUCUUCGCUGGAGUCCUAUAGAGGCCGGGACCGCUUGAUUAGGACUUUGAGCUAUGGCUGUCAGCUGAUUGGUGGAUUUCUGACCGAGCAGUCUUCUGUCAAGUCUGAAGUAGGAAAGAGGCUUCUGGGGAUAUCUGCACAGCUCAACCACUGCAGGACCGUCUUGCGGUUGUUUGAUGACCUGGCCAUGCUUGCAUACAGCAGGCAGUAUGGGCUGGGUGCUAAGGAGGAAGAUGCUAUCAUCCGCUGGCUGUCUGUCAUCAGUAACUUUGCUGAUCAGCUCUAUUACCCUUGUGAGCACGUUGCCUGGGCUGCUGAUGCUAAGAUUAUUCACAUCAACUCUACAAAGUGGUGGAUACUAAGCACAGCCCUUUGGGGCCUUUCACUUCUCCUAGGAACUCUACGAUCCCUGAAAAUUAUACUGAAUCUGAGAAGAAAAUUGAGAAAUCCUGAAGGAAAAUCUAGUAAAUCUUUUAGAAGAGAAAAGAAAAUGAUUGCAAUUCAGGUGAAGUCGGAAAUAUUAACCCUUCUUAGCAAUUUGGCUGAUCUAGCCAAUGCCAUCCAUUGGCUGCCUCCAGGAUUCCUCUGGGCAGGACGAUUUCCUCCAUGGCUGGUGGGUCUCAUGGGCACUGUGUCUUCUCUCAUCAGUAUGUACCAAGCAUCUGGGCUUCACUCUGAAAAGUCUGAUGACUCUUGACAUCGAUGAUUGGUUUGAGAAACACUCAAAUGAGACUGAAAAUUCUUGGCAUCAGAGGCUGUUGGGAUCAAAGCUGGGCUUUUAAUUGCUCAAAAUAAUAAGAUGACUGGGAAACUUAAGAAAGAGAUCCAAAAAUUGCUACUCCUGAUCUGGGUUGGAUUAAUUUAAAGGAGUAAGACCCAAUGGAGGCAUAGAGCUGAGGGCUUCUUCAAAUAGGACAAAGAGAAAUGUCUUUUGGCCUCUAGUUAUGCAAAACUUCAGCACUGUCAUAGUGGAUUCAAAGGGAUUGUUCUGGCACUGCCACCUAUGGAAAGAACCUUGCUUUUCCAUAGUCCAAAGAGAGGUAAAGGAACCUGGCUGAGCAGGCUCUGGCAGCCUCAGCUCUCUAGUUGUCCCUUCCCCUCAAAUCACAAAAUAGCAGGCUUUUUAUGGGUGAGGAAUUGUGGAAUUGCUAGUAUUUGUGAGCAAAGGCUAGGACUGUCUAGGACUUGAUCUACAGAGAGAGAACCAAAACCACCUUCCUCAGAUCUGUUUAAGUUUGGUGGGGAAGAGCUUGGUGAAGGUUGGGCUAUUCUGCAGGCUAUGGGCUUCUCAGGGACCAGCCAACAUUAGUAACUAAUUGGCUCCUUUCACCUCACCUUCCAUCUGUUUUUAAAUAAUAGCAUGUUAGGAAGGAGGAUUUCUUUUAGCUUGGCUGACAGAAAGUCUCUUCUCACUUUUUUUGUUAGACAACAGGAAAUGUUUCUUUUGCUGACAUUUGAAAAGCUGAGAGAUGUAGCAGAAAGAAUGCUGGGCCUGGGAGCCAGGAGCCUUGGGUUCCUAUGAGGGCUUGGUCAAUUCCUCAAGCCUCUCCGGGCCCAUUUCCUAGCCUAUAAUAAUAUUUGCUCUGCCUUCUUCCACAGAUAGAACAAAGAUCAAAUGAGAUAUCUAAAACACCACACAAUCAUGAGGCAAUAUUAUCCUUGGAGUCUAAAAGCAAAUCAACUAGAUUUUGUUUUUGAAAAUAAGUUUUAAAAAUAUUAUGUGCAAAUGAGAAAUGAAAGUUUGCUCGGAUAAUCAGGAAUCAUCUGAUAUGUAUCUAAUAAUAAAAUGGAAGGUAGAAGAUCAAGAUUUGGCUGGCCUCCUCCUGUGGUCUGCUGUUGCUACUGUUUACACACAAAGAUGCUGAUCCAUCAUCCACAGCACACACAUGCAACAAGCAAUUUCUUAAUUCUCUUCAAUAAUUUUUAAGUGCCACCCAUGAGCUCAAGGAUUCAAAGGCAAAAAUGAAAACACCUUCCCCUAUAUGUGACUGGAGCUGGAGUAGAGAGCAAGAUAAAUAAGACAAAAAGUGUAAACUACUGAAGGCAUGUACAUUUUGCAGGGGAGGGAAAACACAAUAAACCUAAUUCUACUGACAGUGUAAUACACGUCCAAGAACAGGACCAAUUGAGCUGAAGUCAGGUGAGGGUUAGAAAAGCACUGACUGGAAGGAUUAAGGAAGGCAUCAUAGAGGAGAUUGUGCCUGGGAUAGGCCUUGAAGAAUGGAUAAAAUGGCAAGAGAGAGAAAUGGAAGAUCAUGGCAUUUGGGCCUAGAGGAUCUCUAGGUCGAAGCUCUGCCACUUAUAGUUAUGUGACUUACUAACCAUCAGUCCUCAUUGCUUGAGAGAAUCAUACUUACAGUUGCCUAUCUCAUGAUUUAUCCAAUUUAAUUAGCAAUUAAGUGCCUAGUGUGUGCCAAACAUUGUGCCAAGUGCUAAAGAUACAAAGAAAGGCAAAAAACAGUCUCUGCUUCUAAAAAGCUCAUUCUGAGGUGAAGACAAUGAGUACAUAAUUAGGCACCUGCAGGGUACAUGGAAGGUCAUCUGAAAGGGGAAGACACCAGCGGCUGGGAAGGGAUUGGAGGGGAGAAAAGAGACACCAGGAAAAGCUGCCUGCAGAAGGUAGCAAAGCUUUGAGCUAAGUCAGGACAGCAAUGCAGGAAAACUAAAGAAAUGAGGGGUCAGAGCAUUCCAGAAAUGGGAUCGUAGCCUGUGCAAAAGCACAUAGAAGACAAGCAUUCACUGAGAGCGUACUAAGUGCCAGGGAUAAAAAGGAAGGCAAAAAGGUGGUCCCUGUUCUCAAGAAGCUCACAAGUCUGAAAGGGGAGACAAUAUACCACCAACCAUGGACAUACAUGAUACACACGGUUUAUGGAUGGCCCGUGUCUCUGGAUUGUAGGGAAUGGAGAUGGGGGAAAGAGGAAGAAGACUGAAAAGAUGUAAGGGGAAGCUUAGUGAUUCAGUAGAUAGACCACAGCCCAGGAGUCAGAAGGAUCUGAGCUCAAAUCUAGUCUCUGACACUAGCUGUGUAACCC